AUGAGGUCGGGUUUUAUUCUUGAGGAGGAGUUGAAGGGCUUUAUACUGCAGAUUUUCGUUUCAGUUGGACACUUAGGGGUGAAAGAUGGACCUGGAGAACAGAAGACCGGAGGGGAGAAAACCGAGCGCGCUGGGGCGGCCUGCGAGGCUGGCGGGCGGCGAGAAGCCCGAGAGCGGGCUUGGGGACGGCGCGGGGCCCGCAGGGGGCGCUGGCAGGACCGGGGCGGUGGCUGCGGAGCGCGCGGCGGGAAGCGCGAGCAGGCUGGCCCGGAGAAAGGGCUGCUUCAGGCGCAGGGACGCCCCCGGGCCGGCAGCUGGCACAGGCCCCCUCGCUGGGCUGAGUCGGGAAGGGCGUCGCGACCAACGGCGGGGCUGCAGGGGACGCGCGUCGUCAGGCGGGAGGCCCGGGCCGUGAAGAAGCCUCUGCGCGUGUGGAGGCCGUCGUGCGCCGUUCGAGAGCAGAAGCGGGAGGGAGGGAGCCGCACAGGGCUCGGCGGCGGGGCGAGGCCCGCCCCGCUUCCACAGCCGGGGCCGGGCAGGGCUGCGUGGCGCCCCCGAGGCCGCGGCCCAGCUCGGUUUGCUUCCCGGGCUCCCGCCGCGGUCUCGGGGCCCGACGCGCUCGGCGACCUCGGCAAGCUGCUGCCCCCUCCGUCGGGCUCCCCGACAUGCGAACAGCUUGUGGCCCGCGCGUCUUCACGAGCCGCCCAGCACCCGCUCGCCCAGUCUCCACGAGCCCGGUCGCCUAGGCAACCACGCCAACUUCCGGCCGGAGAAGAGGCCGCGGUUGGCCAGAAGCCACAUUUCCGCCACGUGACACCGGCCGGCGCGCGGGGGGUCGCACGAGGGCGCGCGUCUGGCGCCUGCCGCCCCGCGGGGUGGAGUGUGACUUCGGGCGGACCCGACGGCCGGGCGGGGCCGGGCGCGGCUGCGAGUGCCGGGGUUCGGCGCCGAAGGCGGCCCGGCGAGGCUGCUUCUGGAGCCGCCGAGCUGGAGCUGGCACUGGAGCCCCGCGGGGCCGCGGCCCCCGCGGCCGGGCAGCGGCUCCUGAAGGCCGAGGCCCCGGCGGAGGAGGCGCGGGCGGCGGGCUCCCGGCGGGGCGGCGGGGCCGGGGGCGCGCUGCGCGGGCUCGUCACGGCGGUGCUGUGCGCCGCCUUCCUGGGGCUGGGAAUGAGUAUCGCUAUAUUGGGCCCGACUUUUCAAGAUUUGGCAACAAAUGUGAACCACAAUAUCAGCAGUCUUUCUCUCAUUUUUGUGGGCCGUGCCUUUGGGUAUUUGAGUGGCUCUGUGAUUGGUGGAAUUCUUUUUGACAGUAUGAACCAUUUUCUACUUUUGGGGGUGUCCAUGUUUGCCACCACAGUUGGGCUGUACCUGGUCCCGCUUUGUAAGACCGCAAUGUUGCUGGUUGUCAUGAUGUCCAUCUUCGGCGUUUCGGUUGGCGUCCUGGACACAGGUGGGAACGUCCUAAUCCUGGCUAUCUGGGGGGAUCGCGGAGCGCCACCCAUGCAGGCCUUACACUUCAGUUUUGCGCUGGGUGCCUUUGUGGCCCCGCUGCUGGCCAAGCUGGCCCUGGGCACGGCGGCGUCUGCUGAAAACGGCACGGCGGCUGACUCGGGCCGCUCAGCCCUCAAGCAGUCAUCUGGAGCUGGCUCAGGACGUCUGCUCGGCAUUCCCGACGAUAUGAAUUUACUGUGGGCUUAUGCUGUUAUUGGUACUUAUAUUUUUGUAGUUUCCAUCUUGUUUUUUGCUCUGUUUUUAAAGAAAAGCUCAUGGCAUGAAAAGGCAAAAAUAUCUGCUCAGAGGUCCCGAAGAGCCGAGUUCCACAAGCCCCUUCUGUGUCUCCUCUUCCUGUUCUUCUUUUUCUAUGUGGGAGCCGAGGUGACGUACGGCUCUUACAUUUUCUCAUUUGCAACCGCUCAUGCUGGCAUGAAAGAAAGUGAGGCGGCAGGGUUGAACUCCGUCUUCUGGGGCACCUUUGCAGCCUGCAGGGGUCUGGCGAUCUUCUUCGCCACGUGUCUGCAGCCUGGAACCAUGGUUGUGUCGAGCAACAUCGGCAGCCUCGGGUCAUCUUUAUUUCUGGUGCUUUUUGACAAGAGCCCAUUGUGUCUCUGGAUAGCAAGUUCGGUGUAUGGGGCCUCAAUGGCCACGACGUUUCCCAGUGGUAUUUCCUGGAUUGAGCAGUACACAACCAUCCAUGGGAAAUCUGCUGCGUUUUUUGUAGUUGGGGCUGCUCUGGGAGAAAUGGCUAUUCCUGCAGUGAUUGGAAUUCUGCAGGGGAGCUACCCGGGUUUGCCGGUAAUGUUGUAUACCUCUUUGGGCUCAUCGGUAGCCACUGCAGCUCUGUUUCCUGUGAUGUAUAAAUUAGCCACCUCACCUCUUGAUCGCCAGCAAAAGGACCACAGAAAGAGUGAGGACCAGACAGCUCUGCUCUCCAGCUCUGGGCUAAAUGACUGUGAGGAACAGAGUGAAGACGGCGAUGCAGAAAAGUGGAAUGAAAUGGACUUUGAAGUGAUUGAAACGAGUGACAUGACGAGGAAUUCUGUAACAGGGACGUCUGGAAAUACUCUCGUGGAGCCUACAGCUAAAGUCUGCGAACAACCCCCCUCCAGCGAGCUGGUGUCUGGGCCCCUCUGCAGCUAACAUGGCCUCAUCAUCUGUGAAUUACGGGGCAGGAAACCAGGGGAAGAGGGACUGGCACCUAGAGGAGGUGGAUUGUCCUCUGACCUCCAUCGUCACCACCAGUUCUAACGAGGCCACUCAGCAGAGCGUCAGCAGAUUUUCAGCAUGCUCUGGGGAUCAGAACGUCUAGGUCAGGGUGUAGCAAACGCUAACAAGUUUUGGAACGCAUUGUAGUUCCCAGUCUUCCAUACGGAACCAGAGGCUGACUAAUGUGAAGAAGGCAUUUGGUUCAGAGAAGCGGGGCCCGUUCUACUAGAAUAAACCUGCCUAGUAUUAAGUCAGCUGAACAAGUUAUCACUCAUCAGUACUGUACCAGGGAAGUUGAGGGAAGUUGUUCCACAAAAGAACACUUUUGAAAAUGGACGGUUUUUAUUUGCUUUACCCUGUCUGUGCCUUUGCACCCGACUGCUACCGGCUCAUUUGAUACUGAUUUCUAGGAAGAAAACACAGAACGGGCCCUAAAGGCCUGGCUUCAGGCCUGGACUGCGGCUUCCUAGCCGUCCGGCUGCAUGAUGGAGGCCCCCCCUUUAUCUCAUCUCCAGAUCCAUGAUUCUAUAAGUGAAAAUGAAAUGGUUUUCAAACUAGGAACCCACGUUUAAGUUCAUGCCCGGUGUCUGCUAGAAAUCAUAAAGGCCACCCUGCUCUUCCUUUCAGAUGAGAAGUGAGACAAAAUAGUUUCAAGAAUGUGCUACUGAUAAUGAAGACCUAUCAGUUUAAGAGGCUCAGUGUUUAAUACUUUAUUUGAAUAAUUAUUUGAAGAGUACAUAUUUAUAGUACUGUAUUUCAUUGAUUCUAAGAUGCAUAUUUUUAAUGUCUCAAAUCAGAAUGUCUUAAAAUCAAUGAUCGUUUAACAUUGUGACAAUUGACAGUUUCCACAUACAUAUAUAAAGUCAUGUGUUUUACAGUGUCUUAGAUUCAGUAAAAUACAGUAAUGAAUAAUGGAGAUUUAAUUAUUUUUAUAGAUACUUUGAAAAGUUAUUUUUGUAUGCUCGUUUUCUCUGUGUUCAAAUGGGGUUUGGAGUGCUACGUUGCAAUUUUAGACACUGCUUCAGCGUCACUGGGGCGGCGGGCUGUGGACUGGGUCUCAGCCUCGGUGGUGCCCCUGCCCGGUGCGGUGCCUGGUGAACCUGGCUGCUCACCUUGCAGGGCCACCGUGUUGCAUCUGGUUGGCGUCCAAGGUGGGAGCUGAGACCCGGCCCCUCGCUGGCAUCUGCUCCAGGGGAUGGGAUUCUCGCGCCCCCCGGGCGCCUCCUUCCUGAGGCUGAAACACCUGGGAAAUCAAAACAAUUGUUAGAAAGUGGCUCAGUGGCCUGCACAGGGCGCCUCCCAGGACGCGGCAGGGCUGGUGUGGGCUGCGGUCUGGGAGGUGACUGCGCCCUUCUCACCAGGCGCUGCGCCGAUUGCGUCUGACUUGAGCCUGGUUGCGUGCGUCUGCUUCCUGCCGUCUGAUUUCUGUGAGCUUGCCCGUGUUCUUUCUUCUCAGUCCCUGCCCUUUGCCUUGCAGCCCUGCCACAAUACUGGCCCAUAUUGGUGACCUAACAGGUUUGCGGAGGGCGGUGGAAAAAUCAGCAAGCAGUGAGAGCCCUGUGCACCUUGCUGUCGUUAACCUGCGCUCUUCUGGCUGGAGUCUGCAGGCAGCCUCCCUCCAUUUACUGCUUUUCCCAGGUUGUUGGAGCCCAGGCAGCAGCAGCGAGAAGAUGCUGCUAUCAGCGGGGCCUGAAGUCAGAAACUGUGCGGUUUCUGACAGGAGGAUGGACCAUAAAAAUACCUAGACCAGCAACCGGCUCCUUUCGACUGGCUCCGUCUGCGCACACCUACAAAAGGAGAUGGAGCUGGAGUUCAGGCUGGACGUUGUCUGGCUCCGAAGCCCCACUUCUUUACAGAAGGCCUCGCCUCGGAGUGGCCGCUUGGCUAAGGUCAUCUGAGCCCUCUCUGACUUUGGGCCCACGCGUUCUGGCUUCCCUCCCACCUGUCCACGGAACUGCUGUAGCUCGAGAGGCCAUGCAGGUCACCAGAACUGUUUAGAAAGUUUUUUUUCCUUGUGGUUUGGGUGAAAGACUAAACUAUUAACAGCUGAUUAUUAAAAGGGAGGGAAAGUAAUUAUGAAAGUGUACUAGAAGCUUAUGAAAUAUGUUUUUGGUAAAAUGUCCUCACAGGUGAGUUACCAGAAAAGCAGAUGGAUCUCAUUAAAUGGCAGUUUGGCUGCAGACUCCAAGGACAGUUACCAGGAGGCACAUCCCCGUGGGAAAGCAAACCAGAGGUGCACCCCAAACACCUGACAGCUAGUCUGGGGCACUGACACCCACCCCCGUUCGUUUGGCUGCGCCCAAUUUCCAUGAGGGAUUGAUUAUGUCUAAAUGAGAAUGGCCAUGGAAGAUCUACCAGUAAGCAGAUUCUCAGAACUCUAAAAGGAUGAGAGUAUCUUCCAGGCACCCGAGGGGCACGUUCACCACAGCACGCUGCUCACCACGCCCAGUGCUCUCCAGGCCUGGCGUGCCAUCCGCCACGUACAUCUCUGCCCUGAGACGCUAAUCUGUUUCCCAAGACAGGACGUGCGUGUCGCUCCCUGUGCUGCAGCCACAUUCAGGAGCCGGGACAAACUGCGCCCCCCGGGGUUGGCAGAUGAGCCAGGAUGGGGUCACGCGCCUCACUGAGCUCAGCUCAGUUUACUUCAGGAUCCUUCACCAGUGACUUAGACCCUGGGCACUGCAGGUCAAUUCUGCUUACAUUUAAAACUAAAUACCACAACCUGGACACUUAGCCUGUAAGAAGACAGAUGUUUACAAAACCUGCUUUAAGCUCUACCGACUGUUUGUUUUUGCAACUCUCUGGCUUCCCCAUCCUUUCAAAAAAUUUCAGUCAGAUGCUUUAUUUUCAUUCAUUCAGUUAUUAUUAAAAGUGCUUAAGAUGUAUUUGUCUCUGAAAUCUGCUAUGGCUGUUUGGAAUUUUACAUUAGUUUCCUUUAGUAGGGAAUGUUAAAGUUUUAAGUAGGAGGAUCACUUUGUUUUCUGAUUUUAUAAUUAAUAUAACUCAAGAGUUAUAGUUCUGAGUUUACUAGCCUUAUAGCAUUAGCCUUAUAGCAUUUUAUUGAUAAAGUGUUCUUUGUAAUAUGUCUACUUCUUGAAAUUUUAUUAAGGCUUCCUUUACGACUAGGUUAUGGUCCGUUUUUCAACAUUCCAUAAACACUGAAAAGGAAGAUAUCUUCUCUAGCACUGGGCUGUAAAGUCCACCUUAAAAUGCUGGGUGGACCUUCCAUGAUUGUACCUCUGGUCCCCUGGUCUUGGGCUGUGACAGAUUUUUCAAAUACUCCUAUCACUAUGUUUCUGUCAUUUUUUAUUACAUCUCCUGUUUUUUCUACUUUAUAAAGAUCCUUACAGAUUAUAUUUACUGUACAGGAAACACAUUUUAGUGCUCUUAAAAAAUCUCUGAAGUUAGUAAUUCUUGACGAACCAUCCUUAUUUAAAAACAGCACCGCUUUUUAAAAACUGCACUUUUAUAAGAAAGAAGACAUAUGGAAGGAGGGCUCUGGUCACACUGAGAGCACCAGUGGCGUGGUGCACGUCACUGAGGGCAGGAGAGAGGGGCUCCGCGGAGGGGCCCUCUGAGGGGCGGCUACCGCCGUUGGGUCAGCAGCCUGUAAACAAGCUGGGAAGCCUGCGCUGACUAGGACCACAAACAAGUGCAAAGGGGCUGAAGGCUGGUGGCAGUCACCCCGGUGACACACUGCCGUUCUAGCCGCGUUCAGAGGGAGCUGCUCCUCCACUUGACGCACAUUCACAGGCCAGCACAAGGCGCACUGCGGCCGACUCAGAGCGAGAGGCCAGGCUCUCCUGCCGUGCAGAGGGAACAAGGCUGCGUCUGACUCGGGGUUCAGGCUGACUCCUCCGGGAAGGUGAUUUGUGGGGUAGAGAAGAGCAGCCCAAGAAGGGACAGGUGUUCAGAAGCCAGGAGAAAUUGAGGUGCACUCCUGGACCUAAAUGAAGCUCACUACGGUAUACGUGGAGGGUACGUGUGACAGGGAGAAGGGCAAGAAACGGUGACAGAGAGGCAGCAGGUAGGGGCCGGGAGGGAGAGAGGCAGAGGGCAGGACAGGGAGAGAGAGAGAAUGCAAAAGACCGUUCCCCUCACAGCACAGAGUGGACGGGACGGCAGGUCAGGGUUCAAGGCUGCUGCAGGAGUUUAGCAGAGAAAUAACGGUGUUUGGGACUCGGAUGUUAACAGAAGGGAAGGAAAAAAAGAGGGUAUUUAAGAACUAUUUAGGAGAUGGAAGGGGAAAAGCCAACUUAUUCCAACAAGCUUAGCUUCUGCAGUUGCAUCAAAAUAAUCGUCUUUUAGAUUCUACCGCCCUUAAUGAGCUCUGCUUAAUGUAUUCUGGGUGACUGGCUAUAUUCUCUAAAACUUAAGAGUUUUUGCCAGUACACACUGUGGCAGCCAGAACGGUGCAGAAGAAACUGCCCAUACCUCACCAGCCCUUAAUCACCUUCCUACAUCAUCCAGAACUUCCAGAGCCCCCGAGAGAUGGUCCCACUCCCUGGUCACUCGGGUGGCAGCUGCUGCGAGUCUCUCCUCUGUCUGAGCUCAAAAGCUGCUUGACCUUGAGGCCAAGGGACAUGGCAACAUGAGGACGUCCAGACUAGAAUCCUGACGUCUUACUGUUAGCACAGUUCAUUCUCCACUGAAUCAUACUCGCAAUUAUUGGUUGGUUCUAAAACAUUUCAGUAACUUUAUAUAUUACUUUCCUAAAACAAGACAAAAUGAAACAAAUUUCACCCCAAAAUUAUUCUUCUCUAGCCUGAAAGCCAAAAAUGUAGCUUGAAAUAUGAUGGUACAACAUAUAAUCAUUCCUUUAACAACUAUGCUUUGUUUUUAAAAAAAUGUGCCACGUUAAUUGAGAUCUCAUCCCCUGCUUAUUUCAGGAGGUCUGGUGUUUCUCCUCGGGUUCUCGCAUUUGGAACUUCACCUGUGCGUCUUAUGCCCCUAUCCCAGCUCCGCAGCUCGUUGGCAGUGUGGCGUGGGGCUGGCCACUCACCCCGUCAGCUCAGUUCACUCACCCGUAAGGUGCCUACGACAGUCUCCAGACGUAGCAGGACUCAGUCAAGUUAACUACAGAUUUUCUACCUGGACUCUUAGAGUUGGGACAUUCCCAGGGUGCCAGCACUUCUCUAGGACCACUGGGUUUUGUGAGAAUGUUAAGUAAAUAUGGUAGACAGAGCAACUGGUAUUUUUCUUUCUUUUUAAAAAACACUAUUACAAAAGAAAUUGGGUGCAUGGACAUUGCAGUUCUAGGUUUUGAUGAACAUAGUGUUCCAUAAAAAUAAAAAAUUAAUUAUGAAACAAAUUGAGCCAUUUUAAUAGUUUUAGUUCAGCUGUGGUAUUUCUGAGAUUUUAAGAAGUUUGGUAGCUUAGAAUCCUUCCUCUGCUUUUCACACCAGUGUCCCCCCUCACACUGUCUGCGAGCCGCCUACAUUUCCCUGAAGAACGGAAUGGGGUUGCCCGGGACUGCGGGUCUG